CCAGCUUGUUAGUAAUUCGCUUUCGCGAUUGCCCCAUUCAACAGCAAGUCCUAAUUGAUCCAACUUAGAGACCGAAUCGUCGUCACCACAGGGAUUUCGAGCUUCACGGAUACGCGCAUCAACAAACAAAGUACAGCACUCACACGCUUGUCCAGCUACAUCUGUCAGGCAUGAGUUUUCAUCCGCGAAAAACAUCCUUUGACCUUUUACGUCAACCUUGUACCGCGUAGGAGAUACUCGCGACGAUCCCGCCCGCGAACGGGACAAGCUUCCUUAUCAUCCCAUCGCCACCACCAAAAAAAAGCACCUGUAUAGGUACCAGCGGUAUUCAUCUAUUGAACUCGCGACCAUCGUGCACAACCUCAUCAGCCGUGCCACGAUGGCCACUCCCGGCGAAACCCGGGAAGAGGCAUCCGCAGCCCUCUCACCUCGGUCGUUUGCACUAAAGCACAUGCGGCCAAAGAGCUCUUUCCUGGGAUGCGCCAAGAUAGCAGAAUAUGAGGUCCUGGGAAAGCUGGGAGAGGGAACUUUUGGCGAGGUGCACAAGGCCAGGUCGAAGAAGACUGGUGCAAUCGUCGCGCUGAAGAAGAUCAUUAUGCACAACGAGAAAGAUGGCUUCCCAAUCACUGCCCUUCGGGAGAUCAAGCUCCUCAAGUUGCUAUCGCACCCCAAUGUGCUGAGGUUGGAGGACAUGGCUGUCGAGCACCCUCAAAAUAGAUCCGACAAACGCAAACGACCGAUCAUGCACAUGGUUUUCCCCUACAUGGACCACGAUCUCUCGGGCCUUUUGGACAACCCCUCUGUCAAGUUCACCGAAGCACACAUUAAAUGCUAUCUUAUACAACUAUUGGAGGGUCUGAGAUACCUUCACGAGAACAAAAUUCUUCAUCGCGACAUGAAAGCAGCAAACUUGUUGAUCAACAACAAGGGCAUCUUGCAGAUUGCAGAUUUCGGACUGGCGAGGCAUUACGACGGUCCAGUACCACAAACUGGGCGUGGAGGAGGCGAGGGCACGAGGAAUUACACUAGCCUGGUGGUGACUCGCUGGUAUAGGCCUCCAGAGCUGCUCCUACACCUAAAGGCCUACACCACAGCAAUAGACAUGUGGGGAGUUGGAUGUGUCUUUGGCGAGAUGUUGACUGGAAAGCCCAUCCUCUCUGGUGAGAGCGACGGGCACCAGCUCGAGCUCAUUUGGGAUCUUUGUGGCACUCCAACAGAGGACACAAUGCCGGGCUGGAGGAAGCUACCAGGAGCCGAGGCGAUGCAGCCGAAGUCACGCCCCGGCAACCUAUCUCAACGAUUCAGAGAGCACGGCCAAAUGGCUGUCUCGCUACUGAAGGAGCUAAUGAAGCUCGAUUGGAAGUCAAGGAUCAACGCAAUAGAUGCUUUGCAACAUCCUUAUUUCCGAACCGCCCCUCUGCCAUCAAAGCCUGAGGAUAUCCCUACAUUUGAGGACAGUCACGAGCUCGACAGGAGAAGAUAUCAUGACCGUCCUCCAAAGGCACUACCUCCUGCUCCCAAGGGUGGUGCAGUCGGUCGGGGGCCAAUGGACGGGCCAGGCCCAAACCAUGGAUACCAGAGCGGUGAUUAUGGGGGCCGGAACGGCGCUAACGGUGGCCGCUACCCUCCACCCCACCGAGGAGCACCAAAUGGAGAGCCCGAACGCAGACAGCCGGCAUGGUCAAAGGACAGGAAUCUUGGGUUGCCACCUCGACCUCCGCCACCCGCAGGUUCUCACAACGGCAUGGACAACAGCUCUCGGGAUGUACCUCCUCCUCGGAGCAGAGGGAAUGACCGUGCUGGCGGCGGCGGGCGAGCUGACGUUGACACAUAUAUCCCCAGCUACAGCGGUGGUGGUAGAAGGGACGACAGGAUGCCACCGCGGGACGACAGAAGGCGCCGCGAUGACCGAGACGACAGAAGAUAUGACCGAGAUCGUGCAUACGAUGAUCGAGGCCGGAGUAGCAGGACGAGAAGCCGCUCGCCUAUACGAGAACGCGACAGAGAUCGCGAGAGAGAUCGUGAACGCGAUCUUUACCGGAGAUAGUGUCCACCAGGAAAGGCGCCAAGAUUCCCAAGAUAGCAUCAGGAUCGUCUCCAGCCAGAAUUGCCUCGGCAAGAAAGAGGCUCGCAUUGCUGUUCCUACAAAUCCGUAACGAAUUCGGCAUACUACUUUGGUUCGGACUGUGACUACCACACACCUUGGUUCGAAACUCGGAGCGAAACAUGGCCUCAUCACAAGGCCAAAACUAGCGAACACUUUGGCUUGGAUGGCAGCGUCGAACACAAAGGUUGUGUUCAGCUGGACCUGGAAGACCUUUUGCCCCAGUCCUUGAUUCUUGAGCUUUUCCCAGAAUUUCCAAGCUUAAGCUUUGACUGCGAGCCGUGCUCUUCCGAGUCCACACGCGACGAUGAAUAAACACACACUAUCAAAUUCAUGAAACGAAGGUUUGGAGUGCUCUCAACAUCAAUUUUCAUGAAAUGAGCCAGGAGAUCAAUAUGAUAUGGCUGAGCCUCUAUUUGAAUUUCGCUCAUUAUUAUCGCUUGGCAAGACGAGGCAAUAGGCCGGUACCAUCAGUACGCGGUAUCUACAGAGCGACUUGUUUUCAUUCACACCCUCCCGGAUGACUAUGCCCCUACGGACUUUUGAUUAUAUUGCCGAUUGGUUGAAAAGGGUUAGCAGCAGUGCAGAAGUUAUUGAACAAAAUCCAGGGCGAGUGUACGCUGUACGCUGUAUAGUAUAAUUAUCGUGUAGCCAGCCCAGAAUGCGAGGCCGGGUUUCCAUUCCUAAAGAAUCUCCGUUUUUUUUUGUGUGUUUGUGUAUGUUUGUAAUCCAUUUUAAGUACAUUAGUCACCUCCUGAGGUGUCAUCCUCCUCCUCUUCUAGAAUAAUCGACUGCAGUAGUGGCAUCCUUCGCGAGUGUUCGCUGUGCAGGCCACGAUUUGUGAUACGGUCGAUGAUCUGCCAGUCGAUAUCUGACGAGAGACUACCGCUAUAGUAAUCACUGGCCCGCUUGAUGGUGGGCGUUUGCUGGGCUGUCGGAGUAGUUGCCGCCGACAAGGCCAUCUUCUGCUUCUGCUUCUUCUGCCUCUGUGCCUCAAUUUGUUUGAGAGAGGGAGGGCUCUCCUUGUCCAAUUCUAGUACGGAGACGAACAGGUGCGAUGACAGCUUGAUCGAGAGGCCGGCGAUGACACCGACAAAGGCAGCAGAACCGAACUGACAGAUAAAGGACUAACCUGCAGUUUUGGCAAAAAGGAGACGAUGUACCAGGCGGGCGAUAGAACAUAUGCCGUGGUGUACAACACUGGCGACAACAAAACAAACACAACCCUCCAGAGCCAGCUGACGGGUAUCAAAGAGAAGCGCAAAAGGGCCACGCCGGUGGCGACCAUGGUCGAGGCGAGCGACAGCAUUGUGGUAAUGCUGGCCACGACAACGCUGGAUGCCGACCUCAGCAGCGACGGCAUGUACCCCAAGGCCUCCAGCGUCCUGGGGGAGACCAUGUCCAUAACUGCUGUAAGGGGGAGUCUCAAUCGAGACGUUGGGGGUGUGGUUUGUGGGGGGGAAAACGACACCAACGGGCCUUGGAUCGAUGGAAAUUUUGGUACAGUUUAAAUUUUUAUUCCCCUCUUAAUAGGCAGGAUUGUUGAACCCAAUGGCUGGAAUCCCUGUUCACGCGCUGCACCUUUCGAGUUGAAACUUGGGGGCUUGGGGCCCACGCGCAUUGGCGAUGGCUGAUAUGCCGUGUUGCCUAGGCCUAUAGGAGGCUAGCCUGAAAAUGAAUGGCGUACCAAUAGCGGGUUAUUUCUUCGUGUGGGUGGUGGAAGUCGAGCAGCCCUUUGUGAGUGCUGUGGUGUUGCACGGAGAUUUAUGGUACAG